CGCUCGGCGCUCUGUUGGUCUCGCCUGCCGCUCUCCCAUCAUGGAGUCGCAGUGCGAUUACUCCAUGAUCUUCCCGGCCUGUCCUCUUCUACCGUCAGACCUGCCGGCCCGGUAUCGGAGCCUACCACGCCGGAACCACCUUUACCUGGGGGAGACUCUAUGCUUCCUGCUCGUGCUGCGGUUACGGUCCCCUGGGGAAGCUCCGCAGGACAGGGCGGGGUCUGAGGCCUGCUCCCCGGGAGAGAACGCUCGGGAGAGCCCGGGGUCUGAUGCUUCCUCCUGGGCCCCGCUGGCGGCCUCGCUCUCUGCCCUUGCCAGUGUAUGUCCUGGGGAGGAGGGAGAGGAAGAGGAAGAAGAGGAGGAGAACAAGGAGAGCUCAGGGGGAUACCGGGUGUGCAGAGCCAUCCUCAGCCAGCAGCAGCCCGGGGGAGCCAGCCCUGCGACCCCAGUUACAGACCCCGUAGUCUCUUGUGAUGAGGUCAUAUUUCCCCUGUCUGUCUCGCUGGAUCGGCUUCCUCCAGGGACCGUUAAAGCCAAGAUAAUAGUGACGGUCUGGAAGAGGGACAGCGAGCAGUCUCGCGUGAAGGCUCAUGGAUAUAGGUCGCUAUUGCUGAAUUCUGCUCCGGGCCAAAUUUUCCGAGAGGAGCAGGGAACCUUCAAGGCCCAAGUGAGUACCCUGCUCACCGUGCUCCCGCCUCCCACCCUCAGGUGCCGGCAGAUAAACGUGUCUGGGAAGCACCUCACGGCUUUGAAAGUGCUGAACACGUCCUCCCAGGAUGACCUCUGCAUACGAGACGUACGAAUCCUACCCAACUUCAACGCCAGUUACCUCCCCGUCAUGCCUGAUGGAUCUGUGCUGCUCGUGGACAACGUCUGUCAUCAGUCGGGUGAUAUAAACAUGGCCUCCUUCCUGCGUCUGCACAGCGGCUCCUCUAACCUUCCCUGCAUACUCUGCUCUCUGGAGGAGCACAACUUCCUGUUCCAGCUGCAGGCCGGAGAGCGCCCCCCGGAGGAUGCCAAGGAGGGAUUGGAGGUACCUCUGGUGGCCAUAGUUAACUGGUCGACCCCCAAACUUCCCUUCACAGCCGGUAUAUACACCCACUACAAGCUCCCCAGCGUUCGCCUGGAGCGGCCACGCUUUGUGAUGACCGCGCGCUGCGACUCCCCGGUGCAGACGCACACCCCGUUCCGUGUUACGUACACCCUGCUCAACAAUCUGCAGGACUUCCUGGCCGUUAGACUCGUGUGGACUCCAGAAACCAACGCAGCCGGCGGCGGUAGAUGUUUGUCGGAGGAGGACCGGAGGGUGACGCAGGCCGCGCAGGAAUCCGUGGUGUGUUACACCCCCAUUAGCAGCCUGGGAUUCUGCCGUAAGGGCAGCUCUGUGACCAUCGGCGUCACCUUCAUGGCCUUGAGAGCUGGACUCUUUGAGCUGAGUCAGCACAUGAAAUUAAAGCUCCAGUUCACGGCCAGCGUGUCCCAGGCGCCUCCAGACGCCCGGCCCGUCUCCCGACGGAGCAGUCCCAGCAGCCCGGCCCUCAGGGACCUGGAGAGGCAGCAGCAGGGGGGCGCGCUGGGGAGGUCACAGUCCUUCUCCCACCAGCAGCCUCCCCGAGGACAGCUUAUCCGGACCGGAAGUGUCAUGGAGCGCCGAGCCAUCACUCCACCGGUGGGUUCACCCUUGGGUCGCCCGCUCUACCUGCCCCCCGAACGCGCUGCCCUUUCCCUGGAUAAGAUUGCAAAGCGCCAGUGCAAAGUGCUGGUGGUAAACGCGGUUCAGUGACCGAGAGGUCCUCACGCAGCCGGCCCCGGGGGCCACAGAGAGAAGAGGACUCUCAUUAGAUACGGACCAAACAGCAUCACGCGGAGCCGGAGCCGAUUGAAGUUAGGGACACAAGAAAAAUGGGAAUGUGACCAGCAUGUUGCAUUGGUUGCUGGACUACAAGUCCCAGCAUCCUUUCAGAAGGAAAAGACAUGUAGUCCAGGAACGGUUUCACUGUUACAAGGCGGUCACACUUGGAGAACAGGAACCUGUCACAGCCUAACAGAGAGGAGGAACGCAUACAUAGCUACUG